GGCGAGAAGGGCAAUUCAUUCCUUCGGUGGCAUUGCAGUCAGUACCGUCCUGGAUCACUCGUUUGCAGACACGCACCAGCAAUCAAUCAAGAGGUCCGUCUGCCGGCCAAUGGCAUGCACUCACCUCAGGCAGACACCAACCACCUAGCCAGCCAACCCCAGCCGCCCAGCCAGCAGAUAGAUAGAUUCGCUCACCACACUCAUGGUUGUUUGCUUUAAACCAGCCACCUGUCUGUCUGUCUGUAUGCAAUGAAUGCAGCCAUGCCAUUGCAGCCCUCCCAUUCAUUCCCAGUCAGCCAGCCAGCCAAAACCGAUGAUAUCAUAUGCAUGUCAUGUAAGGAUGGCUGUAUGUAUGUGUGUCUGCAGUAUGCACAUGGACACGAGUCAGUCAGUCAGUGAGGCAGUCAGCAGUUAGUUAGGUGAGCAGAGCAAGUAAAUGAGUGAGUCUUGGGCGGACGGACGGACGACGUUUCCUUCACCUCACCCUUUCACCCUUUCUGUGGGCGCUUGACGCGGAGCUUCUUCCUCUCUGAAGUCAACCCGACACACAUACACACAAUGCAUGGGGUAAAUAGGUAGGUGCAUGGACGCAGGGGUGUGACGCGUCAUGUGACCUACCUUGUUUGGGCGCGGGCGUGAGAGCGCCUGACGAGAAUGCAGUGCCCGAUGCAGCAGCAGCCCCGAGGCCGCCACCGAAGGCCGACUGGCUGGCAGCGCCACUGCCCGACACCUGACACACACAUAAUCCAAUGCGCAUGUGUCAGAGAGACCAACAAGCGAAGGAGCCGCUCGUACGUCUCACCUGUGCUUGAGUCAGUCCGCCCCCGAAUGCUCCACCCGAUGGCGGCUGGCCGAACGGAUUCGCUGAGCCGAAAGGUGCCUGGGGUUGCUGAGGCUGCAGAGAGAAAACGAGACAAACAGACAGACAGAUCCACGGCCAUCCACCGAGCGGUUGACCUAGGUUCACCUACCUGGCUGAAAAUGCUGCUCUGCUGUGCAGCACCGCCGGCGGUUUGCUGGCCGAAGGCUCCCCCGCCGAAAAGGCUGCCGCCUGUUGAUGCUGAUGAGCCGCCGAACAAAGACGACCCCGCCACGCCUGAUCGAUCCACACGCAAACACACACACAUGCCAUCCAUCCAUCCACCUCUGCCGUGUUCGCUUCAUGACCCUCACUCACCACUAGUUCUGAAGAUGCUCCCUCCUGAAGAGGUCCCCGCCCCCGUGCCACUGGUGCCGCCGAAGAGGCUGCCCGCCGUCUGUCCAAAUAUGCUACCGCCCGUCCCAGGUGCGGCAGCUCCACCGCCAAACAGGCCGGACCCCCCGCUGCUUGUGCCUGCGCCACCGCCGAACAGGCUGCCCGUGGACGCGUCUCCCCUAAACAGAGACCCGCUUCCCGACGCUGCCCCUGCGGCAGCAGAGGCGGCCUCUGCCACGGCCGCACCGAACAGGCCGCCCCCUGUGCCAGAAGAAGGCGCCUUGGCGGGUGCGAACAGGCUGGUGGCUGGUGUGGUUGUCGACUGCGAUGCAGACGGUGCGGGUGCGGUGGCUGGCGCGAAGAGGCCGCCAGCUCCAGGCUGUGUCUGGGCGGUCGUGGCGGCUGGGGCCGUGGUGGCGAACAGACUUGCGGUUGACGCUGGUGUGAGGGUGACAGCGGGGGCCUGUCCUUCGCUCAGUCGAUUGAAGACGCUCACGCGUGGCUUGGCAGCAUCUGAUGCUGCCGAAGGGGCGGCGCCCGUUGAUGGGGCAGCGGCCGUGCCUCCGAAGGUGAACAGUGAUGACGUUGCCUCAGCAGCACCAGCAUUGGGAGGGGGAGUGGCGAAGAUGUUGACACUCGACGAAGGGCCAAGCAGAGACGACAGUGGUAGGUCAUUUCUCGCCGGCAGGCCGUUGGCACGGACGUCCUCGGGUGCAGCCGUGGUGGUGCCGUUGACCGAUCCGAAUGUGGCCCCCGCAAACAGCGCGCCGCCACUGGUCGAGGGCAGCGCAGAAUCGGAUGUCAUGGAUGAGAGGGUGGAGUAGGUGCCAAAUAGGCUGCCAGUGCCCAGCAGGGGCGUGUAGGGGAGGGCGGUGCCAUUGGAGGUGAGAAGGGGUCCUUCGUCUGCUGCUGCCGCCGCGGCAGGCACACCGUUGGCCCUGGGCUGUCCGUCUUGUGCCUCCUCUUGGUCGUCGUCUGCGAACACUCCCUCUCCCUCGUCAACCCCCACCAUAUUGGGCUUGCCCACGUUGGCCAGCCACCACGGCACGCCACCUGCAUUGCAGUGCAUUGCACCCAUCCAAGCGUCAAGUCAACCACAUAACACACACCAUGGCCAUCCAUUCAUUCGCUCUCCGCCCUGUCUGUGUGUGUGCCGUUCGUUUGUCCGUACCUGCGUCUUGUGCCGGUGCCGUAGGUGCGGGUGCAGGUGCAGGUGCUUGCGCCGGCGCCGCAGCGGCUCCCGUGCUCACAGAUAUGCUAGGGUCCUUCUGGUCUCCACCUGCAGCAGCUGCAGCUGCAGCAGCGACACCCUGACCCGGCUCACCAGGCCGCAGGCCGGGAAAGGCACCGCCAGUGGCGGGCCUGGCACCCGCAGCCUCUUCGUUUCCUCCCUCCCGCUGCUGUUGCACCUCAGUCGUCGUGCCGAAUGUGGGCAGCAGUGUGGGCAGUGGCCGGGGGGCCACGCCCGUGUCGGGCUUCUUCUCUUUGGUGGCUCGUCCCGCCUCGUGUGCCGCCCCCUCGGCCCGGCGCUUCUUGUCGUUGGCGGCGUCGACCAUCUGGUCGCUGUCGCUGGCGGCUGCGGCACCGGUGGCGAAGAGCGACCCCUCGCCGGUCUUGUUCAUGUGGAAGAGGGCCAUGCCGCCACCUGACGGCGGGGCUAUGAAGACAUGCUGCUGCUGGCUCCCGGGAGGACUGGUAGUGAACAGCGAAGGCUGGGGCUCCACCGAUGGCUGUUGGACCACACGAGCUGCCGCAGCAGCAGCAGCGGCCGCAGCGGGUGGCGGUUCGGCAGGUGAGCUGUCCUGGGAGAGGGGCCGUGUGGGGGAGGAGCCGAAUGUGGGGGUGGGUGGAGAGGGGCGGUCGUCGUCUGGUGAGUGGGCUGUGGGCGAGGCCAGGUGCGGGUCGGUGUGUGACAUGCCCAGCGGCGGGGGCCUCUGCCGACUCUCCUCAGCCUGUUUGGACAGCCACCACAACACAAAGAGGCAGACGCAUCGGGCAGUGUCGGUGGCCUCAUUCAUGUGUAUGUUGUGCACCGUACCUUUCUGGCCUCCUCUUGGAUGAUUCUCCUCCUGAUUUCCUCUGCCUCCUUCCUGCGCGCCUCUUCCACCUCCUUCUCCCGCUUCUCGCGCUCCUGGCGGGCCCUCGCCUCCAGCUCCCUGCGCUUCUUGUACAGAUAAUCCUGCACACGCACUCAGGCCAUGGACGGAUGGAUGGAUGGAUGGCGGUGAGCCGCGCAAACUCACCAGUGCAUUGUCAUUGUUGAACCUGCGUGACCGGCCAUGACGCCGCAUCAACUCCAUCGUCGACAGACCCUGACAAUCAUCACGACAGAUGAUUGGAUGCGUUGCAUUCAUGUGUUCGCAUCUCUGGCGGGUAGGCAGGUGCGUACCUGUGUUCUGCUGUGAGUGGAGCCGAUGAAUCCAUCGAUGGGGCGGGGCACUGGCGUCAUGCCGGGGCGCCAGGGGGGAGGCUCCGAUGCACCCGGACCUGCUGCUGCUGCUGCUGCUGCCGCCGCUGCGGGCGGCUCCUCAUCCACCCUGUCCCUGCCGAAGUCGGGCGUGCCAAUGCGAGCGAAUACGCUGUCGGUGACUGAGGCAACCACACACGAGAGGCACACCCAAUAUGCAUCCCCCUCUGUCUGCCUCUGUGUGUCUGUGUGUGUGUCGGUCGAUCAGUCGCCCACACACCAUCGGUUGUGUGUCGUGAUUGUUUGCGUCGAUCAUCCUCCUCGUCGGUCGGACGGUCCGCCAUCGCCCUCUUCUCUAACCCCCCUAAGCCGCCCUGGUCAGCCCGCAGCCCCGAGAACAAACCCAAGCUAUGGCCGCGACGACCGGACCCCUUAAUGGCCAGCGGAUCGGGCGACAACACACCAGCACCACCGCUGCCGCCCAUGCCAAUACCCGCAGCCGUACCGACACCGUUGGGGAUGACCUCUGCCGCAGCGGCAUACGGAGGCCGGUGGUAGCCCAUCCCUGACGACUGACCUGACGUCAGUGACGAGCUGUAGCUGUACCCCCCACCUGCAGCGGCCGCAGCUGCUGCUGCCGGCGACGACACUGACGCUGCUGGUCCCGACUCUUUGCUGGUACGGCGAGAGGGGUUGGAAGAGAUGAGUGGUGUGGGUGGUGCCAAUGGGUGGCCGGGGGGCAAGAUGUCAGAGGGCGGGAUCUGCACGUCGGUCUGGAUAGACUUUGAGCAGCCGAGCAGCCCGUCAGGGAUGGCGGGGCGCGGCAAGCCGGCACGGUACGCCUCGAUGUGCUGAUUGAUCCAACACACACAAAUGACAGACAACAAACAGUGAGGGACACAUACGACCGAUGUGCAUCCCUGCCUGCCUCCCUGCCUGCCUGUGUGCCCACCACUCUCAAGCGCUGCUGGUCGAGGUAUCGUUGUGGCCCCUCGUUCCUCGUCAGCGGCCAGUUGGGGUCCCGCUCGCACCACCUCUCGCCCGUCCGCAUGUCGUACUUGUAGGUGUACUUGGGGACGUCACGGCCGCGCCACAGGUGCUCGUACACGUAGCGGGUCACACGAGACGUCCGACGGCGGUAGGGGCGAGGCAGCUCCAAUAUGUGAGGGGAUGUCGAUGUGCCGAUCCCCAGACCGGCCGCCGGCUCCUGACGGCUGCUCUGCUCGGUCCCGUUGAGCAAUCCCAUCCCUUGGCCGGACGAGCCGGGCCACCCCGACGAUGUAGCCGAAGCUGCCGCCGCCGCAGCCGCUGCUUCAGGUGCCCCGCUGGGCGGUCCGUAGUUGAGAGGCUCGUAUGCGUUGCGGGGCAUCUCGAGGGGUCGGUGUGAGUCCAUCAUCAGCUCGUCUCCCGUCUCCUCCUUGGCACUGCUGCCUCCCGACAAGCGGUUCCACGCGCUCUUACCCAUCCCAAUGGCCCCAGCCACAACACCACGCGCGGAGUUGACAAGGUUGCUGGGCGAGAAGAGCCCCUGCGGCCUCUCCGGGGCCCCCCCUCCCUCCCGAUCCUCCCACUCGUACCCUUGCAGCUGCGCGGGCUGGUCGUCAUAGUCAUCGUGUAGGGGUGCUGGGGGGCCGUGGGUCUCAUAGAUGGACGUGUCCAUCAGGCUGGCCUUCCACGACGAGUCAGGCAGCUGAUUCAAGAGCGGACGAGACCCUGAUGCCGCUGCUGCCGCCGCCGCUGCAGGCGGAGACGAGGGUCGGUUCGGGUUGGGCAGCGGUUCGUCGAGGUGAGGGUAUGGGCCAUUGGUCGUGGUGCUCAUGCUCACAGAUGUGUUGUUCUGGGAGGUGUCCUCGUCCAUCGGGGCAGGGGCGGGCCGAGACGAGCCGGAUGACGUCGGACCUUCGCGGAAAAACGGGUCCGCAUAGCGCGGGUCGAUGAACCUCUCCGAAGGAUCCAUAGAGAGUCACUCGUAGUCAGCUGUAGUCCACAAACGAGGUCAAGGAGUCGUCACGGGCAUACGUCACUCUUCCUCGACAUGCGUCCCAAAGGCUGCCGAGCGCUAUUGGCCGAGCGGGGGACGUGUCGCUCCUAUGCGCUCAAGCCGUCACACACUGUCAAUUCUUCU